UAUGAUUAAUAAAACAACUCCUGAAAAGAAAAGGAGCCGGCACAUGAUCUGCUGGAGCCAAGGUGGGAGAAGUGGUGCCUCAGGGAGCGAGGGGUGGAGGAGCCCUGCUGACAGUGGCCCAGGGGCACAACACGAAAAGGGGAGUGUGACAAGCGCAUGAUCCAUGGAGGGGGGCACCGCAGACACAACCGAGGAGCAGAGAGUGGGACAAGUCGGGAAAGUUUCCACGAUGGUUUCGCACGCUGUGCUCCUUGCUGUCUCAUUUGCUGUCUUUUUAACGCAGAUCGUACUUAGCAGACUGUCGGACUCGCUGCUCACUUUGGCUGAUUCUGCUCACACCAUCUCUAUCGUCAUUGCUCUCUGUCCCAGUCUUAUUGUUACCUACUUACCCUCCAUACCUCCACAGGCCAAGGCCCGCCUUCCCACUCUCUUCUCGCUACUCUCCCCGCUUUUUCUUUCUUCCCUUUGUUUGUCUCUCACCCUAGGGUCACUUGGACAUCUUGUGCAUCCGCACCACUCUCACCGUCCGGCUCUCAUCUUUGUGGCUGGAGUCCUCGGUCUGCUGUUUAAUGUGACGUAUAUGGCGGUUACUGGAGCUUUUCAAGGUCUGUGUCUCUCGGAACUACAGCAGUAUCAGCCCAGGUGGUAUCUGGUCUUACGCAUGCUUUGUUCCCUUGCUCCUUCAUCGCUCCUCCUCGCCAGCAGCUUGCUGCUUCACCUUUUCAGUCACCCGGCCGUGCACUACUUAGAUCCUGCUCUCUCCUUGGUUUCUAUAGCGAUCAUGGUUGCUUCGGUUUACUCGGACAUUGUUCAAAAUGGCAGUAUUCUCCUUCAAGCUGUGCCUCCCUCUACUAAAUUACAAAGCCUAAAGCUGGAUCUAGACUUACUCUGUGGACCUAACGGACACCAUGAGCUUCACAUAUGGGCCCUUGCGCCAGACCAUGGAGUGGCAUCUCUACAUGUUCAUUGUUCGGGAAUGGAGGAAUACAAGACCAUCUUAAGCCAGGCUAAAGUUCUAUUUAAGCGCCAUGGUAUAAGAGAGUUGACCAUACAACCAGAGUUUGGCAGUCCAGGAGCAUGUGCUUUGGCUUGUGGACCCGCUUGUGCCCACCACUCCUGCUGCCGCGCUCCUCAUUCAUUAAGUAAUGAUUUAGUCUUGGCCAACGUCUGCACCUGAAUAUAUCUGUAUCAUGAAGAUGAAAUUCAUUGCUUGGUAAUGGACUCUAAGGAGAUUUAUGGAAUAUUAGAAAGAACUGAACCGAUAGAAAACUGAACCGAUAGCCAGCUGAACCAAUAACCAACUGAACCGAUAACCAACUGAACCGAUAGCCAGCUGAACCGAUAACCAACUCAACCGAUACCCAACUGAACCGAUAGCCAACUGAACCGAUAGCCAACUGAACCGAUAGCCAGCUGAACCGAUAACCAGCUGAACCGAUAGCCAGCUGAACCGAUAGCCAGCUGAACCGAUAGCCUCUAAUUUCUCCCCAGGGCGAUAGUUCUUCACAACUCGUGACCUUUCUUUUGCUCGGUAUCUAACCUCAGACCAAACACAUGUAACACAAAGUGUUUUUACAAAAUAUGAUUUUUAUUAAUAUCUACAUUAAAUCUUAGUGCUUUGA